AUGAAGUCCACCGUUAUUUCUUCAGGCGCCGCGGCGCUUGCUGGCGCGCACGAUUUCAGCUUUGUUAGUGAUCCGGGAUACUGCGGACCUGCUCUGGAGAUCGAACAUGCUUACUACAAGCAAUGGCCUACCGGCAUCGCAGUUUCGAGCACUGGAAGGAAGUUCUCCAAUUAUCCCGGAGGAUUGGAUCUAACCAAUGUGUGCAACGGGUCAAACAAUGUCUUCACGGUGGGGGGGCUCACGUCUGUCACCACCGAGACGGCUUACCCAUCGCUUAAGAUAAACCAGCCACCGGGUGGUGCCAUCAACUACACCACCAGCCCGCCAAGCCGAGUCUUGACGCCGGACGGGCAGCUCGUCUAUACAGCAUACGGAGGACCAAAGCUCGUCCGGGUUGACUUGUCGACAGACCAAGUCUUCAAGACCAUUGUCUUCACCCAAACGGUAGCUUACUCAAACAGUUACCUGAACGAUGUUCGGUUCGACCUGCGGGAGGAGGUUUCCGAGUCCGGCGAAGGUAUUGCCUACGUUACCGACAGCAGUUUUGAGGGUCGCAAUGGAAUUAUCAUCGUCGAUCUUGGUUCUGGCAAGAGCUGGAGACAUUCAGAUAUCGCACACCCGGUCAGCCAAUCUACUAUACUCCCGGGGGUUAUGCCGCUAUCCGAUCUCCCCAUUGGUUCCGAUGGGAUCGCGCUGUCUGCCGAUGUGGAGAGGUUAUUUUGGGUUCCUCUUGCAUCACGUUACCUCUACAGCAUUGCGACCUCCUUGCUGCGAGCGCGAGGCCAAACAAGCGAGUUGCUAGCUCAGUCAGGCGUACAGUCACAUGGUGAAAAGGGCGCAAGUGACGGCUUUGAGACUGACAGCAAUGGCUAUAUAUACUUCGGCAACAACGAGAACAAUGCGGUCAAUUUUUUCAAUCCAAAGAACGGAACGGUUGUACCAUUUGUAUGGGACCCAAGAAUCAAUUGAGUCGAUACAAUGUCGGUGGGAUUCGACGGUUACUUGUACUUCACUGUCAAUCAAAUCAACCUAUCUCCUGCGCACCGAGAGGCGGGUACGUCCCUUUGCUCUCUUUAGAGCACCACUACCGGAAGGUGGCGCCAAGGUACAGCUGAUAUGGAUAAUCGCCGCUUACACGGUAGAAGAACGGGAGAACAGGUAUUAUUUGAUUGAAUGUGUUCAAAUGGAGUGCUUUCACAGGUUGACUUUGUCGGACUAGGAUGAUGGCAUCGGCCUCUCCUAAUGUCCCGCUUUUGCAUAGUUAGUGCACUAAUGAGUAAGAUACAAUCGUGCAGUUGUUAAAGAUAAAAUUUCAAUUCGCUUUCUUAAUAUGCCAUGUAGUGUUUGUCUUGUU